AUGGAACUCAGUUUUAAGCACCAACUUGGCCUUGUUUGUGUCAUACUGUGUCUCCCUGCAUUGUGUAAUUGUAUGGAAUAUGUUACGAACUCCAGAGCAACAUACUAUAAUACCCCUGAUGGCUAUGGGAAUCCAAGGGGAGCUUGUGGUUUUGGUGAAUAUGGAAAGACAAUAAACAAUGGCAGUGUCGCAGCCGUGUCUGGGUUAUGGAGGAAUGGAGCUGGCUGUGGUACAUGCUAUCGGGUAUGGUGCAAAAUGCCACAAUAUUGCAAUGCAAAUGGAGUUCAAGUGGUGGCAACGGACUAUGGUGAGGGAGACCGAACAGACUUCAUCAUGAGCCCACGCGCCUUUUCGAGUUUGGGACGCAACGCAUUUGCAUCUUCUAAGCUGAUGAAAUACGGUGUAGUGGACGUUGAAUUCAAAAGGGUCCCUUGCAGAUACAAUGGCCAUAGCAUCAUGCUUCAUGUCCAAGAAAGCAGCAAAAACCCUGGCUACUUUGCUGUUCUGAUUCUCAACGUAAAUGGAAUGUGCGACGUCACUGCUGUUGAAAUUUUGCAGAAAGAGUAUCAACGAUGGGAGCCUAUGCGCAGGGUCUAUGGGGCAGUGUUUGACUUUGCUAACCCACCAAGGGGUGAAAUCCGCUUGAGGUUUCAAAUGGGCAAUUGCGGUGGGGAAGGCUUUACAUAUUGGGUGUACCCCAAGAUUGCUAUUCCUGCUAAUUGGAAGCCUGGAGCUACUUAUGACGCCAAGGUUCAGCUUAAUUAG